AUUUGACAAUGUGGAUGGCGGUGAUGAUGACAAUAGAUCCGACCAUGAUUCAGGCUUCGAAAAUGAUAUAGCAAGCCCUAGAAUCCAUUAUUCGAUCGAACCGAUGGAAUUAAUGAUACCCCUGGAGGAGGAAACGACUAUCAGCAUCCAUUCCGACGAUACAAUAAUUGAUGAGUACAGAGAUGGCAGAUACCCUGAAUAUAUCCAAGACAUUCAACCCAACCCACUGGAUAUAAUAGUGAUGACGAAGAGUCAAUCGGAUUUGGAAGUGACCUCAGCGACAUUAUCGGUAACGAAGACGAAUUAG